AUGUGGAUCCAGGUGUCAACUCUAGUCGUGUAUGCAGGUUUCUACCUUGUCAUAGUCUUCCUCACCCUGGGCAUAGCGUGCGCCCUCUUCUACCUGGCGGAGAUCAUUGAGGAGCACACAUCCACCACGAAAAGGCUGCUCAGUCAUGUCAUCAAGAUCGAGUUGGCGCUGCACGCCCUGCUGCUGCUGGACCGCCUGCCCAUCCUCUGCCUCCUGGUCGGCGCGGCGGCCCAGGUAUCCCACCACACCCUCCUGAAGCGCUUCCCCUACAACAGCGCCCUGGCACCCUCCAGCCUGGCCAGCGCGGGCCUGACGCUGGCGGCCACGGGCGCCUGGCUGCACCACUUCUGGACCUCCCGCUACUCGGGCGAGUACAUGGUGGCCUUCUGCCUGGUCACCACCUGGCUCACCCCCUUUGCGCUGCUGCUGGGCGUGACGGGGGAGCAGGCGGUGCUGCCGGGGGCGGGGGGCUUCCCCUAUUCGUCCCCCGGGCCGGCGCAGCAUGGGGGCGCCGCGCCGCCCAAGAAGGCGUCCAGGAGGGGGCUGGCGCUCAGGAUGUUUGACGUGCUGCGGCGGAAACGGGACGACGUCGUCCCGGGGCUGGUCUCGCACCUGCCGGGCGUCACCAAGGAAAAGAUCUGA